UCGAGCCCCAUUCCAAGAGAAACAACUCAUCUCGAGCCAGUUGUGCGUUGUUUGUUAACACGGCGAGUCGUCCAUAUUAUAGUUCAUUAUUGUUAGUACAUGCAGCGGCACCAUGCACGAUACUAUAUCUAAUCAGCUGGAGCGCGACGGGUUCGCGGUGGUGGAGGGGUUCCUGCGGGACGCCGAGUGCGCGGAGCUGGUCGCCGCCGGCCUGGAGCUCACGCGCCACCUGCCUGAUGCGCCGCCCACGGUCUUCACCACCACUGAACACCAGCAAUUAAAGGACAAGUACUUUAUGGAAAGCAACGAUAAAAUCAGCUAUUUCUACGAGAAAGAUGCGCUCGAUGCCGAUGGAAAGCUUCAAGUUGACCCAAGCAUUUCAUUAAAUAAGGUGGGGCACGCUCUGCACCUGCUGCACCCCAUCUUCAGGUGCUACACGUACAGCGAGCGCGUGAAGGCGCUGUGCCGCGCGCUACGCCUGGCCGAGCCGGCCGUCGUGCAAAGCAUGUACAUCUACAAGAACCCGGGAGUCGGAGGCGAGGUGGUUCCGCAUCAAGAUAUAUCAUAUUUACACACAGAGCCAAUUCCACCAAUAGGGUUUUGGAUAGCUCUAGAAGACGCAACGAUUCAAAACGGUUGCCUUUGGAUGGCUCGCGGGUCCCACAAGUCGGGUGUCCACAGACGGAUGAUCCGCAGUCCUGAAGAUAGAAACAAGUGUAUCUACGACAAGCCCGCGCCCGUGUACCCGGACUCGAGCUUCACUCCCGUCCCAGUCAGUAAAGGGACGUGCAUAUUGAUCCAUGGGAACGUGGUACACCGCAGCGCGCCGAAUCGCAGCGCGGCGAGCCGGCCCGCGUACACCUUCCAUGUGGUCGAGAGGAAGGGCAACAACUACUCCGAGGACAACUGGCUACAAGAAGGAGAGAAUGCCCCCUUUUUAAAUAUUUACACGACAUCUCAGAUGCUAUAAUGUUAUAUAUAUGCAGGUAUUGCUAUGACCGUUAAAGCGAAAGGGAACGACGUCACGUGAUAGCUUGCCAUACCAAUUUAGUACCCAGUUUCAUCUCUGGACAAUUGGACAUUCACAUUAGGUACAGAGAAUAUGUUAAAAAAAAUUGAUGCAUUCGAGUAUUAACCCUUUCAUUUGAAUUUAUCGUAAAUAAAAGAUAAUUCGACACUCAGAAAAAAACGGAGGUAUAUUUCGACACUCUCAAGGGAAUCAAAAUUGAUAGAUACUCGUAGGGUACUUCCCGUUGACCUAGAACCUAGAACUACGAAAUUUGGCAAGUAAUAUCGUCUUACACUACAAAUACAGGGAAAACCAGAAAACUGAAAUUUAUAAACAAAAAUGGAUUAUUUUUCUACGGAACCCUCGGUGGGCGAGUCCGCGACCUGGUUUAAUCAGAUAAUUAAAAAAAAGUCAAACGAUAAAUUGUGUAGGUAUAUUAUCCAUAAUCUCAAUAUCCGACGAGGAAAAUGGGGACUACGUUUGUAUGGAGAAGCGGUGGCCCACUAUCCUGUUAAGGCGGGAUUUCACCAGGGUGCGGCACUGUGCGGCACAAGCAUAUUCAGUACAAAAAUGCUUGUGCCGCUCAGUGCCGCACACUGGUGGAAUCCCGCCUAAGACACAUAUUUACUUACUUAUUUAGGUGAAUCAACUUUUGUCACUCGUUGCCAAGGGUACGUUUCCCUGGGCCGCUCUUACUAGUAAAAACCUGAAUUUUUUGAUAUAAAAAAUACCAAAUUGAGCAUUUUGGUGGUCGUCAGGUAUAAGCCAUUUCAAUACUAACAUCAUAAGAUAAACUUGUGCCCUAGUAAAACGGGACAGAAAAACAAAAAGAAAGAGUUGAUCCACCCGUAGGAAAUUUAGUUAUUACCUAUAUACCUAUUAAGUCUAUGUCUUGCGUAGGUAAGUAGACCAGGUAUUAAGAUUAAGUGAAGUUCAGGAUAUUGUAAGACCGAUUUCCCAUAAAACUAAAUACGAGUUUGUACUGUAGAUAUACUUACAUAUAUUUUUUUCUUUUUUCUGUAACCUUACUCUAGAUUAGGUCUGAAUUCAUUAAUUAAAUUGCAUAUCUACCUGCCGGACUAUUAUAUAGUAAGAGAUUCUAAUAUUUCAUACCUGCUUUCAUUUUAAACAAUAUUAAAACCGAACCAAGACAUCGGACGUAUACUAUGUCCGUGACAGAGCGUGCGUUUUUAAAGGGUCUGCCAUCUCGUGACGUUAAUCGAAAGCUAAAACGAUUCACGCUUCUAAGCAGGGACCCAAUACCGGUAUAUUUUUCAUACAAAUAAACCGGUAUUCAAUUUCGGUAUCUCGGUUGUUUAUGUAUAUUUAUGCACUUAAUUUAGCUAAUUAAUGUGAUCAAUCAUUUUGUUCCUGCUUCUUAGCCGGUUCUGCCCCCUACACUUCACGCUGGCUUUUGCAUAGCAGGAAUUUGCCAUCUAGUGGCUUAAAUCUAAAAAUAGAAACUUGACAUCAUAUCCUUCGCGCCAAUGAAUAGUAGCGGAUGGUGCUGGGCCUAACGUACUGUGUUGCAUGAACAAGAGAUUUCCUUUGGCAGGAUUAGUCCUUAGGACCCAAGGAUGGAUUCUAGAAGUGGAGCCACCCAGAUUUUUGAUGUAAAUUUUUAGGGUGGGGGCUCUCAAUUUGGUCUUGAUAUCUAUAUCAUUUAAGCUACUAGGCCAAGUUUGGUAUCGUUUUCGUAUAAAUCGGGGGUGCCGAAUAUAUUUCUGAUAUCAUAAUGACACCAUUCCGAAGUAAAAACACAUAAAAUAUGAAAAAAAUACUUUUUUUUUAAUUCCUCUUCUCGCUUAAACUGCUGAACCACAAUUUAGUUAAAAUUUGAAACAGAGAUAGCUUGAGUCCCAGGAAAUAACAUAGCAUACUUUUAAUCUCAAAAAUCACCCCUUAAGGGUGUGAAAAGGGAGGAGGAAAUUUGUAUGGGGAUUCAAUAACCGCUGAACCGAUUUAGAUAAAAUUUGGUAUAGAGAUAGUUUGAGUCCCGGGGAAGAACAUAGGAUAGUUUUUAUUUCAAAAAAAAUACCUUAAAAAUGAAAGGUAAGGUGUAGGAUUGUAUGGGAAUUUCCAUGAAAUCUAUGUCUACAUCUUUGAUUUAGUUGAAAAUGAUACUAAACUUGACUUAGAACCUAAACUUAAAGAAUUAUUAACCUCAGACGCUUAAAAACCCCCCACCCCCACCUGCAUCAAAAAUCUGGGUGGCUCCACUUCUUAAAUCCAUCCUUGGGUCCUAAGGACCAAUCCUGCCAAAGGAAAUCUCUUGUUCAUGCAACGCCGUGGUUGACCUUUUUAUGCUCUGAGCACACUCAACUAUAGGGGGCUUCUGUGCUGCCGUCUACAGUUCAUGCACGGACUGCACGGUGCACGGUCCCUCAAUAUCAAUAUCAAUUGACCUAAUUCGUGCUGAAAUAGUACGAACACUUGGAUAAUAGAUGGGGCUGACUGAAUGUCUAGCGAAUGCAUGUAUAACGCAUUGCUUUUUUUUUAUCCCUGAAGAUAUGGCUCAUUUCAUCAAACACCAAAAUUAUCAAUGGUGCAAAAUUUUAUUCAUCUAUACUCUAUCAAUGAUACCUAUACUUAUUACACUAACUAAUUAUUAGUUCCAUGGUGAAUGUACCAAAACUUUAUAAUUAUUACGUCGAGUAAUAAUACAUGGUGAUGUCAUUGUGAUAAUAUCGAUAAUAAACAUCUAAUAACGAAA